UAUUUGACAUGUCGGAUUAAGCGUUCUAACCUAUUGUCAUUUAAAAUUAAUAUUAGUAAGAAGAGCUAGUGACAAGAAUCAAGACGAAGUACGUCAAGAGUUUAAGGAGAAACACAAUGCUUGCUAAAACAGUGGUGUACACGUAACAGAGAUAUUGUGUGCGGCACAAAUAAACAGUUCUACAAAAUUUGGAAAAUCCUGGAACAGAAUUGCAACAAUAUUAUGGGUGACAACCAAGCCUCCUACGGAGCUCUGUUAGCUAGAAUCAAUGAAGAUAAUCUAAAUCAGCUGAUACAUGCAUGUAUCGAUGAAGUCUGUGGCUACCCUGGACUGUCUCAUCAGCCUUUUGCUAACAACGUCGAUUUGAAUAAGGAUGAAUACAUUGUUGUCCACAAAUUGUUUUUAAGAAUUCUAAGUAAUCCUGCUAUAUUACAUCCUAAUGAAGAAAAGGUGCUUGAAGAAUAUUAUCAAGAUUUCCCAUCUGAAGUGCAACGGAGUCUCUUAAAGUGUUUAAGAGCACGACGAAACCAGAUGUCUGCAGUCUUUUUCAAAAAGCAUGCCAAAAAAUUUGCUACUACACUAAUGGAUUUUAACUGGAGACUCAUAUUGCUGAUGGGUUCCAGUAAAAUAGCUAGUUUAAAAGAGCCUGUAUUACAAUUGGACUUGCUUGUAGAAGAUCAACAAGAUGACCGUAUUGUAGGCAUUGAAUUAAAUAGGGAUGAACUGGAUUCUCUCAUAAAUGUUUUGGAAUCUAUACCACAUUAAUUUCUUUUGUGAAUAAAGUCUUGAAUUAGAAAGAAA